GAAUCCGUUUAUUCUCUCCGACUUUGCUUCCUCGAGCUGCUCUUAUUUGGCUUCGGAACACAGAAAUGUUUCUACACGACGCGCGAUUCAUCACGGAAGGCGAACCGAGUGUCAGAGGAAUGAAUGAGACGACGUGACGGGUUUAUAGGAAACGACACGACGUGAAGACAUCGAAUGAUUGCAUGGCUAUGUGCUUGAUUUUAUGCACCUGUCAGCAGUGAACACCUGAACUCGAUGAUUACAAGGGGCGUCCGCAAAGGUUGGUGGAAGCCAUGAGGCAUGACACACUGUGGUGGCCCAAUGCGGACACAGUUGCAGGGGCAGAUUGAAUGCUACUGAAGUCUCAAGGCUCUGAGCCUUCUGGAGUGCUGCCAUGACCAGUCAGGGAGGCAGCAAUGUGGACACACCCAGCCACCUGCCUUCCUCAUCAUCCUCAUUCCUCCGGCCAUCCUCAGGUCCAAAACUACACGUACAGCGCUCGCUGUCCCGUGACACAAUCACCAUCCAUUUCUCAACCCAGGGCAAGGAGGAAGAUGAGGAGGAUGAAGAGCUCUACAAAUUGGCCGUGUCCACACCUGGUCUGGAUGGUGAUGAUCAGGGCAUAGUCACAGCUUUGGAGGCUAGUGAGGAGUUGCUGUUUGAAGGAACAGGACCAGGUUCAGAGGUGUCCCUUUCAUCUUCUGCUAUGGCAUCAUCUUCAAUGGUCACCCAUACCCAAAGUUCAGCCUUAGCUAUUCAGCCAUUAUUCACCAGCCUUGGCUCGUCCUCUGUGUAUAGCCCUGCUAGCUCCUCCUGGCCCUCAGAGCAAUGGACCCAAAUCCCUCCACCUACCACUUACUCUGCCUCUUCCACUUCGUCUCCAGUCAAGUCCUCAGCUGUGCACUCAAAGCCAUUCCUCAGCCUCGUGAGGUCUCUGUCUACUGAGGUGGAGCCUCGUGAAGGCGUCCCUUCAGCAACUGCCCCUCAGCCUAUGCGACACAGACAUCUGAUGAAGACUCUCGUCAAAUCUUUGUCUACUGACACAGCCCGUCCUGAACAGGAAACCUCAUCCUACCGGCCCCCUGAUUCACGCCGCAACCUGCAUCUCUUCAAACCUUUUACCCAACCUCGUGUCACCACCACUGCCAGUGGUGACUCCAAAACAGCACCAUCCUCACCGAUUGCUUCACCUGACGGUCGUUCCUUCUUUAAGGUGCAGGAAGUUGAAGCACGCAUUGAAGAUACCAAGCGGCGUCUCUCCGAGGUGAUGUGUGAACCCCUACAGCUGCUUAGCAAAAUUAUUGGUGAGGAAGGAGGAAGCACUGCUAGUGGAGUUUCAACGACUGGGACAGCAUGGGGGGCCCAACAUCCCAAAAGUCUCUCAUCUAGCGCCUCAGAGCUUUGUAGUUUUGCAGCCCUUAAUGGCCACCUGGAAAGCAAAACUGACUAUUGCAUCAAAGAGGAAGAUGACUUGGAGGGUGACAGUCCACCAGAGGUAACUACCAAUGUUCAAGUUAUACCCAAGUCACCCUCCCUAGGCCUGGACAGGUGUGUUAUGUCAGCGUUGGCCAGGCAGGAAGAUGAAGAGUUCUGUGAGCUCUAUAGUGAAGAUUUUGAGCUCUGUACAGACACUGAAGCCGAUGGUGACCCUGGCACCUCAACCCUCCUCCAACGGGGUAGCACAGCAUGCAGCGAAGAACCAACUGAGGGGGGUGAAGAGGAGGAUGAGGAUGAGGAAGAGGUGCCACCGACCGUACCACAUAAUGGACUUAUCCUGCUCAUUUCUGUUGUGUACGGCUACUUUGUUUUGCCGUUGCCCACAUACAUAGGUGGUGUUUUGCUUGGAGUAGCCGCAGGUUUCAUGCUAGCAAUACUGGUCAUAUGGCUGUCAGCCCCAUGUGGCUCUUCUUGGGGUCCUCGCUUCAGACGAUGUAAGAGAGAACGCUGGAAUGGAGUCCCUCUAGACAUCAAAGAGCCAAUCAUGUAUAAGGGUUGGAUGAAUGAGAUUUACAGCUAUGACCCAGAGACGUACCACGCCACGCUUACCCAUUCGGUAUACGUGCGUCUUGAAGGCUCUGUGCUGCGCCUCUCCAAACCCAACCGCAAUAUUCCCCGCCGUGCCACCUUCAGUGAGCCCAAACCUGACGUCACGUACAUCAGCCAGAAGAUCUACGACCUGACCAACAGCAAGAUCUACUUGGUGCCCCACAGCCUGGCCAGAAAACGUGUGUGGAACAAAAAAUAUCCCAUUUGCAUUGAGCUGGCCAAACAGGAUGACUUCAUGGCAAAAGGGGAUCAGAAUGAAGACGAGGAGGAGAAAAUCCUUGCUCCAAGUGAAAGGACUGAGGGGGUGGUGGGUAGUGAGGAAACCAAGCGCUCCACAGACCCUGUCUUGUACCUGUUCGGGAGAACCGGAAGAGAGAAGGAAGAAUGGUUCAGGAGGAUGCUGCUGGCCUCCAGGCUCAAGGCUGAGAUCAGGAAACCCUCUGGCCUGCUUGCAUCUUGCCUCCCCUCUGACAUCAGCGGGAGCAGCCAAGCAGGUGCUUCGUCUCAAAGUUGCAGCAGUAGCCAAGGCAGUCUCGAUGACGUGAUUCAAUCUAAACCACGGCAGAAGGAUGUCAAACAAAAAGUACUGGAUUACAAUAUCUACAUGGCUAAAUAUAUCAGCCACUCUUCAGGGAGCCCAAAUGCCAGCCCUCUUCACAGUACUGACAGCAGUCCGAGGAGCGUAACCAAGUUCCCAACAGGUCCUGGCACGGAGAGUGAGUCUGAGGCCUGGGUCAAUGCCCUACUGGGCCGCAUUUUCUGGGACUUCCUCAGGGAGAAGUACUGGGCUGAUAUGGUCUCCAAAAAGAUCCAGAUGAAGUUGAGUAAGAUCCGGCUUCCGUACUUCAUGAACGAGCUGACACUGACUGAACUGGACAUGGGGAUGGCUAUUCCCAAGAUUCUUAAGGCCUCCAAACCAUCAGUGGACCAUCAAGGUCUGUGGUUUGACUUGGAGAUCUCGUACACUGGUUCUUUCCUGAUGACCCUGGAGACCAAGAUGAAUCUGGCCAGGCUUGGGAAGGAGGUAGAGAGCUUUGGAGAACAAGGAAAAGAGGGACCACGUAUAUACUGCCUGGCUGACAGUGAUGAGGAGUCAUCCAGUGCCGGAUCAUCUGAUGAGGAGGAUCCAGCAGAAGUACCUGAAAUGCCAGGGACAGAGAGUUUCGUUGGGGGACACCGGCCGAGCAAGAUCAUGCGCUUUGUGGACAAGAUCGCAAAGUCAAAGUAUUUUCAGAAGGCCACCGAGACGGAGUUCAUAAAGAAGAAGAUGGAGGAGAUGUCCAACACUCCUCUUCUCCUCACUGUGGAAGUGCAAGAGUGCCAGGGCAUGCUGGCCAUCAACAUUCCACCGCCCCCUACAGACAGAAUAUGGUAUGGCUUCAGAAGUCCUCCUCACCUCGAGCUGAAAGCCCGCCCUAAACUUGGUGAAAGGGAGGUCACUUUCGCCCAUGUCACUGACUGGAUUGAGAAGAAACUGGAUCAGGAGUUCCAGAAAAUAUUCGUCAUGCCAAAUAUGGACGACGUGUGGUUACCCAUCAUGCACUCAGCCAUGGACACGCGGUCCGGUGUGAACUUAGCUACUGUGACGACCGAUGCCUUGAGAGAUGUGGCUCCCUUGGACCUUGAACAAACUCCGGAUGACUUUUGAAAGCUGAUAAAACUGUCUUAUGAGACUUUGAGGAGUCAACCAAGGGCACUUGUUAUAUUAUGUUCUUAGAUGAAGGUUAGUUGGAAACAUGAGCGUGUCUAAAUGCAUAAUAGUAGACUAAUGCAUUUGUAUUGGACCUUGAACUGAGUAAGGUUCUGCUAAAUAAUGCUUUACAUGCACAGGCAGUUCUGGCAGUGUUUGAUACAUUUUUGGAAAUGAAAACAUACAACCGUGGAUGAAAGUCAGCUAUGGUUACAGCAAACAUCAGGGUUGGAGACCUCUUAUACAGUUACUUUAUUAGGACCACCUGCUCAUUCAGGCAACUAUUCAAUCAGCCAAUCAUGGAGCACCUGCACUGUGCAUAAAAUCAUGCAGAUAUAGAUCAAGAGCUUCAGUUCACGUCAGUGUUGUAGCCGAGUCACUAAACCUCGAGUCCGAGUCCAGUCUCACGUCCCCAGUGUUCAAGUCCGAAUCAUUAAAGAAAAUUUCGACUCGAGUCCGACACAAGCGCCGCUAUCAACAGGGUCUCUGGGUGGAGUCUUGCCAAAUGACGAUUGAAGUUCGAGGUUGUCCCCGUCGUCUCCUCAGUAGUUCUUCUACAUAUGGAACACACAGCAGUGCAUUUUUUCCCACUGCACGAGAAGUCUGUAUAAGCAAAGCGGACAAUCCUGGGGCGUCUCUCCAGGCAUUUUAGCGCCAUUAACGUUAGUUUGUUCCUGAACAUGGUGAAUUUGCAUUCUCUUGCACGAAAUUAGUAUAAAAAUUAAUGUAGAUAUAAAUAUCUUAUGCCAAAUUAUUAUGGCAUGUUACAAAAAAAGUAAAGAAAAAAUCCGAGUCCUCGUCUCCAAUCUACGAGUCCGAAUGCAGUUAACGUACGAGUCCGAGUCAGCCAUCAGCGCUUGAGUCCUUAAAAUUAGGGCCCGAGUCGGACUCAUCUACAAGCCUGGUUUAUGUUCACAUCGAACUGGAUAAAAAUAUUCUCUUAGUGACUUUCACUGGGGUGUGGUUGGUGGUACCAGACAGGCUCAUUUGAGUAUUUCGGAAACUGUAGCUCUCCUGGGAUUUUCACACACAACAGACUCUAAACCAGGGCCACCCAAUUCAAGCCCAUGGGCCAGUGUUUUGACCUGCCAUGGUAUUUGACAAGCCUGUGCUUAUUCUCCUGGUAUUUUGAAAGGGCUGUAAAAUCCUACCUAUAAUGACUACGAAACAAAGUUUGUGCAACUGAAAGGAAAGGUACAUAGCCUGAGGUGUACAACACAGUGCUGUUAAGGUCCCCUAUCAAAUUGGAACGCUUUAAUUCUCAAAGUACUUUGGAUGAUGCUUUUAACAAGGUGCCAUCACAAAAGGGUUUAGAAUUUUUAUCGCAUGCCUAUCUGAAGCAUUUCGUUUAGUUAUUAAUUUUAUGAAGAAAUUAUAAUACCUUUUUAUAGAAAUGCUCUUGCCAUGAAAUAGCCUUAGGUGCUGCCAAGGCAUUAAAAAAAAAUCACUCACUGUCUUAAAUACUUGCCUAUGAAUAAUUAUGGUCCUCUCUCUCUCCUCCAUUUUUAAUAUUUUUGUUUCAGUAUAAUUUUUACACAAGAGUAGAAAGGAGUAAUAAUCAUAAAAUAUUACUCAUCUGAAAUAUACAGGGUAUUUAUUUAAAUAAGUGCUCACAUGCUGUGCAUGUAUCAUACAUCACUGGCUUUGACUCAGCUAGUCAAGAUUGAGCAAUUAAGGCAAUGGCACACUGGUAAAGGAAAUUAAAAACAGGCAAGAUAUAUAUAUUUAUUUAUAGAAAUAAAUUUGUAGACAGACAGUGGCCGCCAGUGUUGUGAUCAAGUCACUAAACCUCGAGUCCGAGUCCAGUCUCGAGUCCCCAGUUUUCGUCUGAGUCAAGUCCAAGUCAUUUAAAGAAAAUUCCGAGUUGAGUCCGAGAACAAGACUCCGACCGCACCAUUUGACGGUGGCUGCUGUUGCCUUUAUGUGAAACCGUCUCUGGUGCUGUGUUGGACUAACAUUACUGCUCGACCGCCCCAUUUUAGUUAAUAGGCUACAGAUAAAAAGCUUGUUCAUCGCUCAGCAAGCCCCGCCCACUAUCAACAGGGCAAAUAACAUGAGCGAGGGUUAACGCUAGCUAGUUCAUCGCUCAGCAAGCAACAGAGCAAUGAACAGGGCGUGUCCCUUACUUCUCUGGGUGGAGUCUUGUCAAAUGACAAUUGAAGUUCGAGGUUGAACAGGUGAAUUUGCAUUCUCUUGCACGAGAUUAGUAUAAAAAAAUUAAUGUAGAUAUAAACUAUCUUGUGCCAAAUUAUGUGCAUGUUACCAAAAAUGAAGAAAAAAAUCUGAGUCCUCGUCUCCAAUUUACGAGUCCGAAUGCACUUAAUGCAUGAGUCAGACUCUAGUCAGAGUCCUGGACUCGAGCACUACAAGCCUGAAGGCCACCGCUAUGAAUCAUCCGUAAUCACUAUGAAAUUAAACAUCCGGUCAUCUUUUCAAAGUACAGAAUGUUAAUUUUCUAUAAACUACUGCAUAAUACAUUUUAAAUGUAACGUAAUGUAACUUCAAAAAAAAAAGUCAACAUUUAAUUUUGGCCCAUGGCCCUCCAUCCAGAUUAAUUUUUGUCCCUUCAUCAGAAAGAAAUUGGGCACCUCUGUGAAAAACACCCAGGGAGCUGCAUUUCCCUGGGCAGAAACAGCUUGUUGAUGAGAGAGCAAGGUCCGAGAAGAAUGGCCAGAUUAAUUUGAGCUGGCAGGCGGCCUAGUGCAGCUCAAACAACCGUUCUUUCCAACUGCAAUGAGCAUAAAACAGGGAUGUGAUUUGGGGCUGGUGAAAUUAUCUGAAAAUUUUAGCCGGGGGUCUGGGGGCCACAGGCCCCCAGCUGGUCCAGGGCAGCGGCCUGGUGGGGGGACAAGGGGGGAAGCCCCCCGAAGCUCCUGGGUUCUGGGGUUUUCUGACUUUAAAAAUUGUACUAAAAUGGCAAGCAAACACACAAGAAAAAACUUGUCAUGAUUAACAAAUUCAAGCCAAUUUAAUGGUCAACAUGCAACAAGCUUACGUACAGCUAUCUAACA